UUAUUAUUAUUAUUACGACUACGGUAUACUAUAUAGUUUUAGGUUAGUGAUCAACCGACUAACAUACAAUAUAAUUAUUUCCUUUAAUCUCUCUGAAAAAAGAAUCCGCAAAACAUUUGCGCUUUGCUGAUUGAGGCAAUGAUAUAGCAGUACUGCCUUGAUAUUGAAAAGCUUAUCAAAGAUUUCAGGCUAUACUUUAGGAUGAUGAGUAAGUCGAUUUUGGCCAUUACACGUAUAGAAAAUCCAUGGGGUAGCAUGUGGGAAGGCACAUAGCGAUAAGAAGCACAAAAAACAAACAGAUUUUUUGUAUCGGUCUUAAAUGUAAAGCAUUUAUUUACACAUAUUUCCCAUGGAAUAUAAGAUAUUUUACUAUCUUGUCAUUUUUUCAGAAGAGCAUGUUGCACAUCGAGUUGUUGGUCUUCCGUCUGGAGUUUGGCAGAAAAUGUGAAUCUGAAAUUUACAAGGUUCCUAGAGAUACCACCGUACGCUUCGAAUUGGGACCUUCGCUAUACGGUCAUGAUGUGGCGUUGUUUAUAAAUUGUCCUUCAAGUCCGGAAAUCGCGUUUAAGCGAGACUGUUACCGACCACUUAAAUGGAAGUAUCAUUUUGCCGACUACGCCGACGGGAGCAAUGCCUAUUCCGACUGCCACUUUGCCAUGUCGGGAAGUUUUAGGUUUUAUUUCACCAUCGACGACAACAGGGAAGAAAAUGGCAGUGGAUACCUUUUAGUUGAUCCCGUACUAACCCUUCAGGGAAAAACCCUGCCACUCGACGCCAUCCAAUGUCAGACCGUGCUUUCCAAAUGUUUAGGACCCUUGAACACAUGGGAGGACAAAAUCAAAGUAGCUGCCUCUUCCGGUUAUAACAUGGUACAUUUUACGCCAGUUCAAGCUUUAGGUGGCUCUAACUCGGCAUACUCCCUCAGAAAUCAUAUGGCACUAAACGACACCUUUACUCCGUCAGGCAGUGACUCAAAUACGUUUGACGACAUCAAAGCGUUUCUAAAACUCAUGGAAAACAAGUACAACUUACUCUCUUUAACGGACAUUGUCUUAAACCAUACGGCAAAUGAGACACCGUGGCUGCGAGAACAUCCUGAAUGUUCGUUUAACGCCGAGAACUCUCCUCACCUUCGCCCGGCAAUGCUGCUUGAUCAAGAACUCUAUCUGUUAUCCAGGCAAGCAAUGCUUGGUAAGAUGACCGCCGCUGGAAUCCCACUUAGAAUCACUGAAGAAGAACACCUCGAGGCAGUUCGAAGAAAGAUUGUUGCCGACAUCCUUCCGAGGCUCAAGCUACACGAAUUCUAUAUAUGUGAUAUCGAUAAGCUGGUGAAGGAGUUUGAAGCGACACCUGCCACGACCCUAUCAGACUCACAAGAAUCGUUGAAAAUGAAGUACAACUAUACGCGUUUUGGAACGACAUGCGAUGUUGUACAAGCAAGAAAGAUUUUCCAUUCCAGUAAUCAAUUUCGUGACCACCUCGCCUCGUUCAAUGCCCGUGAGUGCCAUAACACCGAAGAACACCUUCGCAAUGCCGCCGAAAACGUGAUCAAGGGUCUACGCUACCACAAAGUCGAUAAUUGGGGGCCGAAAAAACAUGAAAUCACUGAGCAGGACCUACUCACUGUGAGGUAUUUUCUUCCCAAUCAUGACGAACUGGCCGAUCAAAUAACUUCCGCAGAAAUGGAGGCUAUGUUUAAUGAUGAGCGCGGCCGGUAUAUUAUGGCUCACAAUGGAUGGGUGAUGGGUGACAAUCCUUUAAGGAACUUUGCGCUGGAAGGAUCAAUGGUAUAUCUCCGUCGUGAGCUGAUCGCUUGGGGCGAUAGUUGCAAACUUCGAUAUGGUGAGAAGCCUGAAGACUGCCCCUUCCUAUGGAAGUAUAUGGCGGAGUACGUAAGAAAAAGUGCAGAGCUGUUUCACGGACUUCGGUUGGAUAACUGUCACAGUACGCCUAUACAUGUGGCCGAAUACCUGCUAGACGAGGCUCGUGCAGUGCGCAGUAACCUCUACGUGAUUGCCGAGCUGUUCACAUCGUCUGAAGCGCUCGACAAUAUUUUUGUCAAUCGGCUCGGCAUCAAUGCCCUCAUCAGAGAGGCACUUCAGGCGCAUAAUUCUCAUGAACUAGGCAGACUCGUUCACCGUUUUGGAGGAAUUCCCGUUGGUAGUUUCUUUCACGCCGAGGGUGUGGCCCCCCUAAUGCCAUCAGUUGUCCACGCUAUUUUGAUCGAUAUGACGCAUGAUAACCCGUCGCCGUACGAAAAACGCAGCGUCUACGACUUCUUGCCCAGCGCUGCCCUUGUUUCGAUGGCAUCGUGCGCUACGGGUAGCAGUCGUGGGUAUGAUGAACUCGUCCCACACCAUAUACAUGUAGUAUCUGAAGCGAGAGAAUUCGCAGGAUUUUCUCAACUACCACCCGAAGCGGGCAUCAUUGCGGCGAAAAGACUACUUAAUGAAAUGCAUUAUCGACUUGCUAUCGAAGACUUCGUCGAGGUUUACGUCGAUCAGCUAGAUUACAACACGGUGGCAGUAACGCGUCGCUGUCCACAUACCGAUGACUCUGUGAUACUUGUAUCUCGUACGGCUUUCCAGUGGCCGAAGAACCCGAACGAAGCAUCCUACCUGAGAUCGCUUAGAAUACCCGGAAAAAUUCAAGAGGUCAUUUUGCAAGCCAAGAUAAUGAAGGAUUCGUCUUCCACGAACGUGUUCACCAAGGAUCCAAAAAUAAUAAAUGGCCUCACGGACUUCAAACUUGAAAUAAGGAACAAUUUCCCUGUAUCGGAAAGUUUUAUGGUGCACAUUUCAGAAGUUGAUUCGGAAAGCUGCGAAGUGAACUUCACAAACUUAACGCCGGGAUCGGUGAUCGCUUUCAGAAUCUGUGUUGGACCGGCGUCCCGGUCGAGUAUGGAGGCUGCUAGAUCAAUGCUCCGCCCAUUUGGCUACUUCAAGCACCCCGUCGAUGUUCCGGCUGACGUGAAGGCAACAGUGGAAGCUCUCGACUUGGAUGACAUCAACAGAAUUUUGUUCCACUGUGAUAGGGAGGAGCAAUCCGACGGUUUUGGCAUCGGUGCCUAUGUGUUGAACGAUGUUGGACCGAUGCUGUACUGCGGUCUACAAGGGGUGAUGACGCACCUAGCAUAUAUUCGACCGCGCAACGAUUUAGGGCAUCCAUUAUGUGCGAAUGUGCGUGAUGGGGAUUGGUUAAUGGACUACCUGAUAUCUCGCCUACGACCUUUUAAAUCCUGUAAUGGAUUUGCCGAUCUUCUUCGUCGGAUGUUCGAGCCCGUUAGAGGAGUGCCGCACUACCUGAAGCCAUGCUACUUCGAUGCCGUUAUCACUUCACUCUUCACUCAACUACUCGAAGCAUCGUGGCAGAAAAUGUCCCGAUUUGUUACGUGUGGCGGCAGCUUCAUCCGCGAGCUCGCUCUAGCCUCAGUUAUUCUCACAAGUUACAUCUACGACUCCCCGCUACCACCGUUAAGUAAACGUUUGAAUCUUUCGUUAUCCUAUAAGAUAGACGCCCAUACAAGAAGUCCGACCUUGCAGUGUCCUACGCUUGCAGCUGGUCUUCCUCACUUUGCGACAGGAUAUAUGCGAAACUGGGGUCGUGAUACGUUUAUCUCUCUGAGGGGAAUGCUUCUCCUGACCGGACGGUUUGCCGAAGCCAGGCAAAUUAUUCUCGGUUUCGCUGGUGCUCUCCGUCACGGCCUCAUCCCGAAUCUACUGGAUCGAGGCAUAAACAGUCGCUACAAUUGUCGAGACGCUGUCUGGUUCUGGCUAGAAUCGAUUAAACAAUACGUCAUAGGGGUACCUAAUGGAGAAGCUAUUCUGAAUGACAGCGUUUCACGGCUAUAUCCAACGGAUGACAGUCAACCACAGGGCACAGAUGUAGCAGUGAUGGACCUCCACGAGGUAAUGCAAGAGGCGCUGCAACGACACUGGAGUGGAAUUUCAUUCCGUGAAAGAAAUGCUGGAAGCCGCAUUGAUUCACAAAUGAAAGAUCCAGGCUUUAACGUAACGGCUGGAAUUAACCACGAUACAGGCUUCGUAUUUGGUGGAAACAUUCACAACUGUGGUACUUGGAUGGACAAAAUGGGUAGCGUACCUGGGCGCAAUCAAGGUGAACCUGCGUCACCCAGGGACGGCAGUGCCGUUGAACUAGUAGGACUUUGCAUGUCGGUCGUCCAAUGGCUCCACGACAUCAACGCAAAAGGACUCUACCCGUACAGGGGUGUUCGUAAUGAUGACGAUUCUCUAACUUCGUUUAAUGAAUGGGCUAGCCGCAUCAAGACACAUUUCGAGCCGCAUUUCUGGGUUCCUGAAGAAGGCGCAGGUCCUUACGAGAGGCAGGCCGACCUUAUUAACCGACGAGGUAUCUACAAGGACACAGUCGGCUCUGGGAUACCUUGGGCUGAUUAUCAGUUUAGACCCAACUUCACCAUAGCUAUGGUUGUGGCUCCCGAAUUAUUCGAUCGUGCUCACGCACAGAAAGCUUUGGCCAACGCUGAUCGACUAUUAAAGGGUCCCUUGGGAAUGAAGACUUUAGACCCUGGGGAUAUGAGUUACAAUGGAAAUUACGACAACAACGAUGCAACCGCCGGUUUCAACUAUCACCUAGGGCCGGAAUGGUUGUGGCCAAUGGGUUACUUCCUCCGCGCACAACUGCUCUUUGCUGACGAUGUAGAGAAGGCACGUCGUUCCGCGCGCCGCACUCUGCAGGCACAUUGGCGUGCCCUCCAAGAGUCACCAUGGCGAGGUCUUGCUGAGCUUACGAACAGUAACGGGGCCGCAUGCUAUGCCUCUUGUCCUAUUCAGGCUUGGAGUCACGGUUGCCUCCUUGAGCUACUCUAUCAAUUGUACCACAACGCGUAGUCGUCGAGCAAUAGUCUAUGGAUAGACCUAAAUCAGCACAAACACUGCAUCUAUCCAAUCUGUUGCCCGGCAUUAGAUUUUGUUAUUCUCGGUGAUAACAAACGCAUCACCCGAUAAACUACAAUAUUAUGUUAUUUAACUGGACUUGAACAGCAUUUAACCACUAAUGAGCCUAAAGAACGAAAUAUGUAAGUCAGUGAUUAUAGUAUUUAUUGUAUCGCCAAUUCCAGUGGAAACUCAGAGCGUACGUAAUAAAUAAGUACAUGUCGAUAUGUCGUCCUUACCCGGACUUGAGAGCUAAAUAACGACCCGAAAUUUCUAUUUUGAAUGCAUGUAUCGCUUGCUAACUUAGAACGUUAGUUAUUCCCUACUCGUUCGCUGGUAUGGUAAAUAACACUUAACCCGUUAGUGCAACUUCGAAAUAAAGUGACAACUUUGCUAAAAUAUAAAUAAAUGCUAAAAUUUA